AUGGUGAAAUCAUUCAUUUUUGUGGUUUCUACAGCUCAAACUCUUCAGCAUACUGCUCAUACGGCAAAUGAUGAUCUGGACUGCAGUGCAGGAAGUCACAGACACCUCCCACCUCUGGGUGUUAUAGAAAUCAGUCAAGAGGACACGAGAGAGAUUCUUGGUUUCCGUGUGGUAUCUGGAAAGACCACCGACACAAUGACAAUUGAGAUAUGGCAUGCCGACCGCUGGAAGGCUGCUCUCGAGGCCGUGCCUUACUUGAUCUGGGCUGUCUACCAACGUCUCAAAAAAGGGAAUCAAGCUGCCGUGCGUGCAAUGAUCAUUCACUCUCAUGGCGAAGAGGUGGACUUCGAAGAUAUCUGUCAGCAAUGCGUCGAGCAUGGCGUUUUGACAGGCGGAUGCAAAAGGUUGCAUCAUGGCACUUGUUCAAAUUGUGUUCUUAAUGGAAGGAGAUGUACUUUGUGA